AUGGUUACAGACACACCCAUCUGCAUACCUCCGGAACCGUCUACCUAUUUAAAGCAUGGCCACACGCAACAGUCAGCACCACGAUUCUAUACCAUGGGAGUACGGCUUGGCCCCCGGCGGCCGUAUCGGCUUGAUGACACGUGGGCACGACUUCGGCUGCCGAUAUCCACCACCACGCAGCCCCCAGCACAACCAGUAGGCAUUUUAACGCACACCACCACUACUACGUCGUGUACACAGCCCAGGCGGAAACAUAUGCCCACGAGGGCUGACCGCCUCGCCCUCGCGGGAAGUGUGCUUGCUAUGACGCCACCGGUGGAGUGCCUGGAGCACAGUUUACGCAAAGCUGAGGCUACUGCCUCGCAGUUUCUGGGGCAGG